AUGCAGCCCAGGGUCCUCCUCAUUGCUGCUCUCCUGGCACUCUUGGCCACAGCCUGGGCUGUCCAGCCUGAACCUGACGAUGCAUCCUUUCCGGGAGUCAUGCACUACAUGCAUCAGGCUGCCAAGACCGCCCAGGAUGCGCUGACCACUGUACGGGAGUCCCAAGUGGCCCAGCAAGCCAAGGGCUGGGUGACUGAUGGCUUCAGCUCCCUGAAAGACUACUGGAGCACGUUUAAGGGCAAGUUCACCGGGCUCUGGGAUCAGGUCACUGACGCCCAACCAACUCUGAUCCCUGAAGACUUCUAG